CUGCCGUGGGGAUAAGACGUGUCGUGAUCGACUUCUCGCUUUCGAUAGCGUAAUAAACUUUAGUGUUUAGUUGUAAUAUAGAAUGUGAAUUUUGGGACUGAUUAAGAAGGAAAAUUUAUUUCAAUAAACGCCAUGGAACAAGUUGGCAAGUACUUCGUUAUAAUUGCAUCAUUAAUGUCUGUUGAACUAACUGUCACGGAAAGUAAAAAUGAAACUAAACCGAAAAUUGAUAGACGGCACUAUCAAAUGCCACUCUUUAUCAAUGUCUGCGAUAUUGUCGAUCGAAGAUCCAAAGUACACUGCUACUGUGACAGUAAUAAGCCCAAAAUGGCAACUAGAGCAGACUGCUGGAUAUUCGGUGGCGGAUUAACCGAGGAUGAUCCGAUUUGGCCAAGCUUUUCCUCUCAAUCCGAAAUAGAACAUCUCAUGUUUAACGUUAGAACCGAUGAUGCGUUGAGUUUUGUACCAGCUAAAGCCAUAGUUAGGCUUGAUAGACUGAAACACUUGUCUAUACAGUUUGGAACGAUCAAAAGAAUUUAUCCAUAUGCAUUUACAAACUCAUCAACUUUAAAACAGAUUGUUUUGAAGUCUAAUAAAAUUGCACAUUUGGAAAAACAUGCUUUUGCCCAAAUGAUGAUGCUCUCAAACUUGAGUCUGGAUGAUAAUCAAAUAACUGAACUUAAGAGAGAGGUAUUUUUUAAUUUACCAAAUUUGCACAUAUUAAAUUUAUCAAAUAAUAAUUUAAGUCUUUUGCACGAAGGUUGUUUCAAACAUUUAAAUAACCUGAUUGAACUAAAACUAGAUUACAAUUAUAUAACAGUUAUUACAAGAGAAACGUUUGAGGGGUUGGAAAAUCUAUCUCGUUUAAACUUGAGAAACAAUAAGUUGGCUAUGGUCGGUAACUUAGCGUUUAGCGAGUUGUGGGGAUUGAAAGAAUUGAUGUUAGAUAACAACGGUAUCGAAUACAUCUCAGAAAGGGCUUUCGGAGGACUAACACAGUUAAAGAAGUUGACCUUAUCUGGGAACAAGUUGGCAACUUUUUAUGAUGACAUUCUUGAAGAUAUGAGGAGUCUUAGUGUCUUGGAUCUGAGAGACAACCUAUUGACGACAAUAUCAUAUGAAACCAUACGGCCCAUUUUGAAUAACGAAAAAUCUCAGUCAUCAGUAGUUUAUUUGGAUGGUAACCCACUUAGCUGUAACUGCCGUUUAUCUUGGAUAUAUGUGCUCCGUAAUGAAACUCAGGAUACCACUAUGAAGCAUGCUCUUGAAAAAAUAUCUUGCGUCUCAGACCCCACAAAUGAUAGACGAAUAAGUGAACCAAAAGAGGAAGAGGUCGAAAAUAGUAACAUUUUAGCAGAUGAUCAUUAUGACUACUAUGAUAAAAGUGACGAUUAUAGUAAUGACAAAGAAAAAACUAAAAUAGGUACAGCCAUUAGGCUGAUAGAUAUACCCUUAGAGACUCUCCCUUGUCCGAAAGAAUUAAUGCAGUCGAUUGAGGAAACGUACGGCCAUCCAGUGCAAAAUGAAAUACGAUUAAAAGCCUUCUCUAGAGUUGGGAGAGAUUUACCUAACUUUCUAUUCUUCUUGACAUUGUUACUAUUAUUUUAAAAUGGAAUGUUAAAACAAAACAAAUGUUUGUGAUAUUAGACUUUAAUUAUACGCAUAUCUAUUUAGUCAUAACUUUGUUAUUACUCUAAAAUUUUAGGUUAUCAAGAGUUAGUGUAGUCCUGGACCGUAUGGUUUAAAUAGAUAUUUUACUCGAAUUGUAUAUACAUUUGUUUAUAGUUUUAGAAUUGUAUAGGCUCUGUUUAUGUGAUGUACAUUUCUGUAAAAUAAUAAAAUUUUCUUGCCAAAUUACCACAUAUAGAUACAAGUAUAAUAUAGAAGAUAUUUCCCGAAAUAAUUUAGAUUUCUUUAAUGUUUGCAUGCAUGUUCCAGUGUUUAUGUGUUCUAAUAGUAAGGAAUAAUAAAGCAUGAUUAAAAAUUACUCAACUGCAAAAUGUUAAAUGUGUAGUUCUUAUCAAAAGCUUUGUUUAUGAGAUUAUUUUGCAUUAAAUAAGUAAGUGAUAAAUAAACAAUUUUAUUUUUCACACGAUUAAAAUAGUUAACGAUCUUAGAGGAUAUUUUUAUUAUCAUUCUGUCACUUUUAGUAAAUAUUACCUAAAUAUAUCUGUGAAAUUAUUUGAUGACUGAAGUUUCUUAAACAGAGACAGUUAAUCAGUCUUCCUGGACAUAAAAGCUUAAAUACUCAAAUAACCGCUUGACUACAAACCGUGAAAUUCAUAAAAUAGUUUAAAUUUCCUUGUUCUAUAUCAGGUUAAACAUUAUUUUAGUUAUACAUAAAGAAAACUUUCCUCAUAAACCUAAGUUGUUUCAUAAGUAUACUUGACUUUUCGCCGAUGAACUUUUACACACAAAAAAAAAACAACACCAACGUAAUAAAUAAUAAAUGAAAUGUUAAAACUUUUGUCACGCGCCAUAUUUAAGUGAAAAUAUGGACCCUCGCUGAUAUUAUUUUAAAGGCUAACGAAAUUGUAAGCGAACAUAAAAAAUCACAGCUCCCCUCCGGGAUAGCACUGCGGUUUUUGCCAGUUUUUUAAUAUACGCGUGCUUCAUUCCAUUAUAAUUCCAUUACAUAGCAUGUGUAAAUUUAAGCAAAGUGUACAUUAUAAUUUUUAACAACAUUAUUAGGUUGUACUACGAAUAUAUUAAAUCAUGGAAGUUAUAUCUUUAAACUGAACUAUUCAAAACUCCUUUUUAUUAAUGGACUUGUUGUGGAAUUUGAAAUAAAUUACGUUUUACAUAUAAAGGUGUACACACUUCGACAUAAGUUGAGAUGUUUUAAAAUAUGUUUUACUGAACGAAACAUGUGUUAUUAAUGCCUUGUUAAUUAAAUCAGACAUACUAUAUUAUUAAUAAAAUACCUAUACAUCGCUUUGCAAACACCAACGCCUGUUUAACACCUGAAUGUGGCUGGUAUGUUCCAAUGAAAAGAUCUUCAACCAUUAUGGCCACCAGCACUAUAUCCGCUGUAUGAUAAUAUGAAACAAGCAAAAAGUUUUCACUUAUUGAUGUUAGGAAUGUUUCUUCGGAAUAAAUUGUUGUGCUCUACUAGUUAUAAUUUUAUUUAUAGAUAUUAAAUAUGUUUUUACGCGUGCUAUGUUAACAUUUCCUAGAUUUCAACAUUGCAAUAUUUUGGGUAAACGUUAUUUAUAACAUAGAUGUAAAUGAAUAUGUUGUGGAUAUUUCAGUAUCUGUUGUAUUAAAUAUUUCUA